AGUCUCGCGUCGACCUGCGCCGUGACUAGACGCGCGCUCGGACUGACAUAACUAGUGAUUAUAGUGAAUGGGCUCCAAUAUGAGGACCGGAGUGGCUCUCACGCUGCUGCUCAUCAUCGGUGUGUGCGGCGGCGCCCGGUACCUGGGCAAGCAGCUGGGCCCGCUGUCCGAGCUGCACCACGGCGUGCGCGGCACCGUGUACGCGGUGGACGCGCGCACGCUCUACAUAGACGGAUUCCACUACGACGGAGUAGGACCCGCUGCGUACUUCUACGUGGGCACAUCGAAGAGCCCGAGCGCGACGGGAGCGACGCGGCUCCGCGACGAGCGCGGCGGCACCGGCCCGCUGCGGCGGUACCGCGGCGAGGGCGUCACCAUAUCGCUGCCCGACGGACAGACGCUCAAGGACGUGCGGUGGUUCAGCGUCUGGUGCGACGACUACUCGGUGAAUUUCGGCGAUGUGACCAUACCCCGUGACGCGGAGUUCCCUAAGCCAGCCAAGGUGGGCGCCCUGCGGGGGGUCCACGGAGUGUCCUCAGACGCGGUGGUGGUGGUGGACGCGCAGACACUGCUAGUGCCCAACUUCUCGUAUGACGGCGAAGCGCCAGAUGCCAAAUUCUGGGUGGGUCGUGGUGAGAGUCCGUCUCCUCAAGGCAUCCGCAUACCCGAUGAGAACGGCAAGGAGGCGCCGCUCCGGAAGUACGAUAAGAAAACCAUCGUGUUGACUCUACCCGGGGACCUCACCGUGUUCGACAUCGGUCACUUCGCGGUGUGGUGCGAGGCGUUCACGGUGAACUUCGGUCACGUGACGCUGCCGCGGCCCGCCCUCGCCAACGUACCGCCCAGCCUCAAGAUGUUGGGGGUGUCACCACAAUCAAAACUGAACUGCGAGGUUUUACACGACGAACUCGCCUUCGAGGUGCGCUGGGCUGUCGCUGGAGACAGCAUUGUACUACAGCUGGUCGCAAAAUUAGAGGACGGUGAAUACAUGUCUUUCGGUAUCUCCGGCGACCCGGAACACUCUCAGAUGGUCGGCGGUGACGUCGCAGUGGCUUGGGUGGAUAAAGAGACCCUCAAAGGAUAUGCGGUGGAUUACUAUCUAGACGCCAAGAGCCAGUGCGCGGGAGUGAGAGGCUCCUGUCCCGACGAGAGACUUGGGGAGAAGACAAAUUCAGUGCGUUUGUUGAAUGCUGCUCUGGUGAACGGAUACUCGAUAGUGACGUACCAGCGCGCGCUGCGGGCGGCGGACGAGCUCGACCGGCCGGUGUACACGAACGGCUCCCAGGCCGUCAUCUGGGCUCUCGGGCCGCUCAACUCUAGGAACGAAGUCUCCUAUCAUCACCAUUUUACGAAGGGCGAUAAAUUCAUUGAAUUUGGGCGUCCUCCGGUAUGGAAUUGCCCUAUGCCUGAAGGAGAGGAAGAGCAGAAGGAACAGGCACCAGAGCCAGUGAUCAAACCUACUAGACCGGCACAACAAGAACAGACGGCAGUGAUUAAACCUAAUCCAGUGCCGACACCCAAACCGGUGCCGCAAGUGGUACCUUGGGAGAUCCCCGCCAUCCAGUGCUACGAGCCUCCAGAUGGAGUGUUUUACGCGCAGAUGGGACCCACCGGCGGCAAACAGGGAUACUCCGCCAUCACAGGUCACGUGGGAUGGGGCAUAUCGUGGUACAUCAACGGCUUGCUGAUCCCGGAGAUUAAUGUGGUGCGCGGGCGGCGGUACACGUUCGUGGCGGAGGGUGGCGCCGACCCGGCCGUGCCCGCGAGAUACCAUCCUUUUUAUAUCACAGACGAUCCUGUCGGAGGAUACUACCACAAGACCGACGAUGAGAAGAAGGCUGUUAAAAUAUUCGCCGGAGUGCGUCGGUCCCGAACCGGUGAAUUGAUCCCCACCGGCGUGGGUCGCCUGUGCAACUGGACUCCGGACACAUCUGGCCCGGAAGCGGACGAGUUCCCUUCGUUUGGAGCCUACCAACGCUCCCUCACGCUGGUUUGCGAGGAAGGCAACCCUGGUGUCGUCACCUGGACUCCCGACAAGAACACCCCGGAUACUGUUUACUACCAGUGUUUCACCCAUCGCCACCUCGGCUGGAAAAUAAAUGUGGUUGAUGAGUGCGACGCCACCGAGGCCGACGAGAGCCGCAUUGUCGAGACUCUCCUCCCCCCCGAGGAUCUAGUCGGCGAGGAAUCCAUACAGGUACACAGCCGUCUCACCCCAGAUAAUAAUAUCUCAGAUCGCCGCCACAUACUAGAUCACCAAGCGAAAAACAAUUAUAACAAUUUCAGUAGAAAUAGCGAGCGACCCGAGGAGUACGAGUUGCCCGUGUCCAAAGUGCAGAUUAAGGAGGUGAUCCAUGCGGUCGAGAGUCUCGAGAGCGAGAUGCUUGACGAGAUGAGGAGAAACAGGACCGGUGCCCCAGCGCAGUACAAAGUCCAUGAAAAUGUUGACGAUUUUUUACCGGAACGACCUCUGAGGGAAGGAGAUGAGUACGUGGUCGGACGUACUCCUGAAACAUACUUUUUACCCCCAAACCAGCAGCCGUUGACACUUCAAUCAGUAAUGAGACCAAACCCCAUGGGAAAACCGGGUCCCAGACCACCCUUCAGACGCCCUCUUCCCCCGGAAAUUAAACUACGUCGUCCUCCUCCCGGGUACCCAAAAGGAAGUAACGGCUACCCAUUGCCUAUGCCAAGUCUUCACACAGUACACGGCAUGAAGAAACCGUCAAUGAAACAUCCUGGGCGAAUGCCUAUCGGGCCCGUACGCAUGCCCCCUGGAAUUGCUCCUACGAAGGCAAUGCCACCAUUCCAACAUCAUAAACCAGGUCCGAUGAAACAUGGCCUUAAGCCUCCUUUAGAAUCGCAGGUGAAAUCUAUAGUAGUGGGUAAACCUAGCAACGGAGGUCCGUCCAAAGCUGCAACUCUCAACCUUGGUCAGUCAGACGUUAUCAUGAAUCAAGUUGUCAGAAGUCAGAUCACUUUACCUGGAGGUGGCGAUUCAAUCACGCAGCAGAGCAUUCCCCAGACGUACGUGAGCAGACCGAAUCAAGGUCAGAUCAUACUGGGAAAACCAAUGGACAAUCCCUUACCUCUUGAUCAACAAAUGACCUAUACUAAGCACCACACUAUCCUCACGCCGCCGUCCCCGACGUCUCGACCCCAGCAGCCGGUGAAACAAAAUACGAAAACUGAUAACGAUCGAAUUCAAUCGCAAAAUGACAUUAAAUCAUCAGAUUUUAUAGGAGAAUCUGUGGAAUCUUCAACACAUCCGGCGUUUCCGGCGGUCAACACUGGUUUCAAACCCGACUCAAUCGUCGUCGAGAGUGGAUUUAAACCAAUCAUUAGGGAGCCUUUGAUGGCUGCCGAAGAUAGAAUAGCUACUAACGAAGACCGAGGUGCCGAUAGACGCGAGGACACCGACGUGGAAGAGGAUUAUGAAGAAUUGCCACAGUACAAUAACCAUGUUUAUGAUCGAAAACCGAGUGAUAAAAUUACUGAAACUUUUGAGCCAAUGUUCAUACCAUCCCCACCUGAUCAUUUGAUUCCGACAGAUGAUAGAACAAGAGAAGUGUUUCCAAGUAAUCACGCCAAAGAAGACAGACCACACCCCGUGUACGUAAAGACAGAGGAAGAGUUGAACGCCCUUUUUAGUAAUAAAAAUAUAGACAAGGAUGUCCCUUCGGAUAUGGUUAUGGAAUCUAAUAGAGUUAGUCCACAAUAUUUACCACCGGAUCCUAAACUACCGAAAGAGCAUUCACAAAAGUUAGCUUUGAACCAAGAAACGUUCACAACAUAUGAUGGUAAAACUGUUUCUGCUGCCACCCUCACUAAUGUUCCUGAAAUAAAAGAAAAUACGAAAGUUUUCUCGUCAAAAUUACCUGCUAACACCGAAUUUUUAUUGAAAACUCCUCAAUUUGGACCGUUUAAAGGGGAGAUACCUCCUAUUGUAGGCGCUGAACUUAGUCCAGAAGAUGCUAAAGAGUUGACUCCUCCAACACUUGAUUCUCGUACAACCCAUCUAAAACUAGUUAACUCUUAUGACAAAUCUGAGGAUUCUAAAACAGACGAUUUGAAACCUGAAGGUAGUAAUAAUCAUGAAGUGAGAAAUGAAGAUAAAUAUUACGAUGACGAAGAGGAGGAAGAUGAAUACGAAGAUGAAGAAAGAGCUUUGAGAAGGAAGAGGGACACAAAAGUUACACAGUUCGAAAAGGGAAUAGUCGAGGAACAAACGACAAAAGAGUACAGUACAUCUAAGAAUCUCGUUGGCCACGAAUGGUUGCAAUCAUCAGCGCCUAGAAACCUAUCAAUACAUAGGAAUCUUUUAUUACUCGCUGUGUUUUUAAAACUGCUUUAAAUGGUAAUGUUUAAGUAAGUUAUUUAUUGCGUAUGUAAGCCUUGCCAUUAAAUGCAUUUCGUGUUGUAUGUGUGUUAGGGGUAUUAGCUGCGGGAUGUCAAGGUUCUCCAGUUUCACGUGAAACCUUCUCAAAUUCGACUCUAUAAUCACUCCUGUUACCACUUUGUCACACGUUUAAUGUAAUUCAAUACUCCUGUAGAUUUAAGACUUUGUAAAUAUGUUUUCCAUUAAUAAAUAAGGUUUUU